AUGGAAUCGCAGGGACGUCCAAACAUCGACGUUGGUUUGUUGCCUGUUGGCAGCAUUGAAUGGGGGAUCGGCUCAGUGUCAGCACGGAAAUCUAUGAUCGACUGCGGUUCACUUUGUGAACGGCGCCCCCACAACAACAGGGACUCCUAUCCCCUUUGGAUCUAUCUUCUGGGCUUAACUUUUACCUCUUUGGCGACCACCUACCUUGUGUUGCGUUGCUUUAACUUUGAGAGGGAGAGGCGUCAAGUGGUUGGGUCGAUCAGAUCCCUAGCGGGUGGGAGCGAUAGACCAUGCGACGGGGAUACAAAUCCCGAUGAAGAGGAGGUGCAGGCGUUGCAGGCUGGAGGCUUCAAAGUAACCUCCGGAGAAGGCGACGCAACACGAGGGUUCAAAGGCUAUGAGGAGCAGGCAAGGGCUGCAAGACAACGGCUGCCAUCGACAACGGCUUCUGGCACCUUUGGACAACCCAGUCAACACCGUUCUCCGAGGAGGCCUGGUAUUUCUACACCAGCAGUAGGGAUUUCCAAAGAGCCACUGCAACACAGGAACUCUUCAGUUGGUGUUGAGAGUGCUUUACAAUACGAUGUGGGCAAGGGUAUGUCAGGUGACGUAGGGGGAGGAUCCACAGAACCAUGUGUUGGUGGGGCAGUUGGGGGACUGGAAGCUAGAGGAGACUUCGGUGCGGAACCUGAGGGACAGCUUCAUGGAAAUCUCCUGGAACUAUGGAAACAAAGACGCCUACCUCCACAUGUUGAGCAACAGGUUGUGAACCUGCUCCAGCGGAUGGCGAAUGAUGCAUCGUUGUGCCGAUCCUUGCUGCCGACGCUGAAUGCGAGUGAAGGCCUGCGCCUUACGUAUGAAGUGCUUAGGUUGCUGGCACUCGAUUUGGGGGCAAUUUCCCUCGUUCAGGAGCAUCUAGAACCUUUCCGACUAAUGGUGGGAGAUGCUCUUAUGGCGUUGGGGUUAGAAGCCUUAGAAUACGGCGGGUACGAGGGCAAGCUUGAAGAGCAUCGCACAGCGAUUUGCGAACUGAUACAGGUGAUAGAUAGGCUUAAGGAACCUCGACCAUUUACCGAGAGGCCUCGCAAUAUUAAGUAUAGGACGAAGAUGACAGCUAUCUUGCGAACAGCAGAAAUGACGGAAAAUUUCUGUGGGCUUGUCCUGGGAGAGCUCUUAAGGGCUGCGGAAAGCCCACAAAGGUUGGCAGGGACUGGGUGCGAACGGCAGCUACGUGUUCUUAAAGCCCUGUACCGGGUUCACUCCAGUUACAUCGCUAGGGAUGGCUCACUAAGAUUCUACAUAGUACUGAUCCAGGAACGCCUGGGAGUGAAUCCACUCCUCGGGCAGCACCACCAUCAGAUGGCCGGCCAGCCGUUACCCCCUCUGCAGAGCUCAGUGGAGGAAAUCGCUGAAGCUGUCCGCAGAUCUGGCGGUAUCCCACCACAAGUGCAAAAAGACACGGCACAGCAACAGAUUGAAUCUCCUUCGCAUGUGCAGCCUUAUGGGCUGCGACCACACUUACAGCACCAGGGAGGAUUAAUUCCAGGGACCCGGCCUUCUCUUGCAUUCCCGGGCUCAACAGCAAUAAAAGUCCAGAAGAUAAUGACUCAUCCAGUCGUUUCACCCCGCUCUCAAGCCUCAGAACGGUUACUCGGCUACCAGGAUCCUGCGGCACCUGCUUCUUCCUUACAGAGUGGUGGAACCCUCGAGGCGCUCCCUCCGUCGUCACCACUCUUGAGGCCUGGGGUGCACGUCUCGUCACAGGAUUUUCAAGGCAGGCCGUUGGAGCUUCCUCAUGUACGCACCCUCACAGUUCCGCCGGCUGUCCAGAGCCAUCAGGCAGUUGGUGGGCCACGGGCACUGCUUCAACGGCCGCUUUUAAACUGGCUUCCUCGUGAACAACCCCUGCAAGGUGCUGCGCCAGCUUCUUAUUCUGCGCGUGCACCGUUCAUGGACUUUAGAGGCCACAACUUGCAGGCCCCUUCGCCAGCAUUUUCCGGCCCAAAACUCGCCUCUCCAGAGCCUUCGAUGCUCUCUGGAGGACAGGAUAUCCAGCCUACACCCGCGACGCUCUCUUGGAGUGCUUCGUCCGAAGGGAAAUCCGCUUCCCAUGACGUUCUAGAGGGUUCGGAAGGUACUACUGCUGGCUUUUCGGCAAAUAGAUCGGCAAAGUGGCAGGUUUCCUUCACCCACGGUCCUGCAGGUGUUCCUCAUCCAGUUCCCCGCCAGUCAUGGGGUGACGCAGCAGGAACCUUGGCAAAUGUGCGAUGGUCUUAUAGAGAGUACAGCCUCUUUGGGCAGGGUGGUCAGUCGCUAUGGCCCCAGUCAGGGCUUUCCCAACUUUUGACUGGGGCUUCUGGCCCGAUGCAUGGCCUCAAGCGGGAAGGCGCCAUUCAACAGGGUACAGACGAGGACAGACAGAGGGCAAACAUACCUAUUGGAGGCCACCAGUUAACGGACAGCACUUACGUAGGAGCCGACCCCUCUGCGGAUUGGUGA